UCCUAUUUUCUCAUCAUGUGUUCAUCUUAAUAAUUUAUUUUCCUUUUUCAUGAUCAUCUCCAUUUCUCUCUGUCUCUCUCAUGGAUUCUCAUCAUCUUGGAAACCCUUCUCAUCCAUUUCAUCAUCUAUUCUUGAUUCAAGAAAGUUCAUCUAAUUUCUAGUAUCAUCUGGAUCCAUUUAGAUGUAACCAUCAGCUGAGUAACAAUCAAUUUAUUGCUGUGUCAUUCAUUAUCUACCCUUUUAGUUGAUCAUCUUGAUCCUUUUAAUUUCAUCAAUGUUUCAUUCACUUGUCAUCUUGUCUUCAAACUGAACAUCACUUUCCAUUGUUUACCUUUUUUUUUAUUGACCAUUGAUUGUUGAUCCAUCUUACCUUUGGUUUACCUGAGAAGAUCCUUUUCUUUUGUUUUAGAAAAUUAAAUUCUAUUCUUUAAAUUGUUUCAAAUCAUCAAAACAACAAAACCAUGGAUUCAACUAAAAACCAUUCAAAUCAAUUGACCUCUUAUGAAGCUGACCUUUCUUGUUUAUCAACUGAAUCAACUGGUCAAGGAAAUAUUGUUUACCUUUUGAUUUAUGAUCUAUCUCAUGGAAUGGCGAAACAUUUUUCUUACCUUUUACUUGGUAAACAAAUCGACGCCAUUUAUCAUACAAGUAUCGUUUAUUUUGGUAAUGAAUAUUUCUUUGGACAAGAGGGAAUCGCUGUGAUGCCUUAUUAUGAUGGUUCUAAUCCAAUGGGUCGACCUACUUCUCAAAUUGUUCUUGGAUACUCGGAAAUACCUUUCGUCCUUUUCCAGGAAUAUAUCAACACCUUAAAUUCAACUUCUUUCGGAGUUGGAACUUACGAUUUAUUCAAACAUAAUUGCAAUAACUUCAGUAACGAAGUGGCUCAAUUCUUGACAGGAAAUGGAAUCCCACCAGAGAUCAUCAAUUUACCCUCUGAGGUUCUCUCAACGAACUUUGGACAAAUACUCUCCCGUUAUCAGAGUCCGAUAGAAAACUCGAUUAAUCAAAGUGUUACUGGUAAUUCAUUUUUAAGUGAUCAAUCGAACCCGCUACCACCAACCUUGCUUGAUAAUCCUCUUAACAGCAAUUCCAAUUCGAAUAGUUUUGUUAACAAUACUCAAUCCAUUGGAUCUUCAUCAAUUUCUAACAAUCCUUUUGAAUUAUUGUUAAGCCAACGAACGACUCACCUGGACAGUAAGGACAUGUCAAACCCUGAGGGAGACAAUAAGAAGAACCCGGAAGCGACACAAGAAAAGGAGGAGUCAGCAGCUGAUCAAGACUCUGAUGAAAGAGUAGAAAUCAAACCCAAGCGAAAAGCUCCUAAAUACGAUGACCCACCGAUCGUUUAUGCCGAUGUUGAUGGUGUUUCAGCGAUCAAGAAAAUAUUAGAACUCGUUGGCGAUGCUUUGAGUGAGGAAGAGCGUCGGCUAAUGGACGAUUGGACUGAUUAUCUGAAAACCGAAGGUGAAGCCUGGAAGAUUGAUGAUGAUCACCUUAGCUUAAUUUCACGCCUUCUAAAUGGAGAAGAUGGUAAAUUUCCCCCCAAUGUACCACUUCUAACCUUAGAGAUCCUUCAAUCGGCAGCAUUGAAAGAUGACUUUGUUCUGGCUCUUCAUGGUGAUCGUAAAAAUCAUCGAUUGAUGAGUUAUAUUUACAGAAUUGAAAGUCUAACUCUUGCCGAACAGGAAGAACUCGGCAAACUUUUAUGCAACUUCUGUGGUCAACCAUGUUCGUUUGACUGGCUAAUGUAUAUAUCCGAAUGGAAUGAACCUGAUGGAACUCCAGCCAGUAACUGUAGAGUGACCAUUCGAGUCGCCGUUCACGCUCUUCUCAAUGAUAAACUAACAACUUUACAGAAAGUUGGUGUUGAUCUAAUUUUUAACCUUUCGUUGAGAGAACUUUUCGAGGAAUCAGCCACCGAACUAGCAACCGCAAUUCUACAAUAUCUUCAUGGUAAUUUGGAAGAAGAUCGAGUUUUCCUCUGUCUAACUGCUUUAGUGCGAUUCAUGGCAAUCAGUUUAAAUGAAGUUCCAGCAUUAACUCAAAUGCUCGGUCCUGAUAUCAAUAAAUUUCGAGGUACAUCCAAGCGGAUUGAUGAUCUUGUUGAACAAAUCAACAUGAGAUUAGCUACAAUUAACGCUAAAGGAUCCGAUGAUUAACCAAAAUCAAGUUUACUCUUCUCUUCUUGGACACUAAUUCUUGAAAUUAUUACUAUAUUAUUAUUAACGAAAUGGGAAUGAAAUGGUUACAUUGAUUGUGAAAGCGAAAUUUACAUAAAAGAAGAGAAAUCAAUUCAAUUGGAAUCAACAACAAUCUACAUAAUUAUACUUUUCGAUUCAUUUAUAUUUUUCCUUUCCUUCUAUUUGCUAAUCAACUACCACCAGUUCUAAAGCAUUUUUAAUUCAACGAUUCAAUUAUUAUUAUCAAGCUGAAAAUUCAAUUGAAAUUUAAUCCGUUGUUUAUGAAACAACAAACGAUUAACAGUUAAUAAAAUUACCUCCAAAUUUUUA